UCAAUAUAAAUGCACUCUCAAAGUAACUUUUACCCUACGCACUAUCCAUGAAUCCAAUCAUCCGGAAAUAUCGCGAGAGCACUGGCUAUGUGUUUCACAUCAUCAACCUGACAUUUCUACUGUCGCUCUGGGCCGCCUGCACCAUCAUCCUGUUUAUCUACGAGCCUGGGGAGCUCAGCAAGUCGAUGGUGACCGUGAUGCCCAAUACGACGACUUUCAGGAAGGUUAAGCUGAAGCAGGACGCCGUGGGGAUACAACUGAAUGGGGCCAUAAACACGUACCUGACGAACCACAGGGUUAAGACAUCCAACUUCUCAGCGGUUGGAGUUCGAUUGGAGUGGCGCGAUCGCGGGAUGAAUCGGAGCUUUUUGCGCACAGGCAUGUGGAUGGUGUAUAUGUACAUGGAUAAAAAGAAGUACCGUCAGGUGGACAGAGUCUUUCAGUUCUCCAUUUCGGGAUGGCACCAUGAAAGGUCCCUGAUCCAGCGCACAUUGCAAACGGAUCGCGAUCUUGCGAACUCCUCCAACGACUGGGCUUUUGCGCAGACGGUGAUUUCGUUCGAGAGCAUGAGCAAGCAUCCGGUGGGUCUGCUCCUGACGGUGGACAACACUCCGUUGGACCCCGGACUGGGUGUACUGUAUGCCGCCAUUCUGAUCGUUGGCCUGUAUGCUAUAAUCAUCUGGGACUUUUCGGAUCGCACUCUGUGCACUUUGCUGAUAACAGCCUUGUCCUUGGCCCUCCUCGCCGUUUUGGGCAACAGACCCGAUCUAGAAACGAUUGUGAGUUGGGUGGACUGGGAGACCAUGAUGAUCCUGCUGGGCAAUAUGAUAAUGACGUCGUGCAUGGCGGAUACCGGGCUAUUUGACUACCUGGCCGUGGUGGCCUAUCGCAUCUCCAAGGGUUAUGCCUGGCUGCUGAUCGCCCUUUUGGGCGCGGUGGUGGCCAUGUCCUCGACCUUUGUGGACAAUGCCACUGUGGUGCUUCUCUUUUGCCCACCCGUCAUACGAUUGUGCGAAGCGAUGGGCUUGCGGACCACCUUGGUCCUCAUUAUUAUGGCAAUUUAUGCAAACAUCGGAGGUUCUAUUACCCCAAUUGGUGGGCCACCCAAUACUAUCAUUGCGACUAAUAAGAUGGUGGAGUCCGCGGGGAUGAAUUUCGUUCGCUUUUCGCUUCUCAUGCUCCCCACUGCUUUGAUCUGCCUGGCGUCCACGUAUGGCCUAAUCUACUGGACCAUGGGCAAGAAGAUCUAUGUCCUGGACGCCAAUCAGGUGGAGCUAGCAGCGAAGCGGCGAGAGAAUAUCAGGCCCUCCUUCGAUAUUCAGCUGAGGAUUGCCGAGCUGAGAAGACAGCCAAGGAGCAGGGUGCUCCCUCCCGCAGAGGGCUACUUCACGAUCCUGGCAACCUUGGAGGCCAGCAAUUGGGUCCGCAAGAAGAUGCUGCUGGUGCAAUCCUUCCUGGCCCUGGGCUUUGCCAUCUUUUGCUUCAUUCUGCAAUCGAUUCCCUGGGCCAUUCCCGGAGCCUCUCUGGGCUGGAUAUCCAUACUGGCCGCCUUCCUGCUGCUCAUCCUGAUCGACCGGAAGAAUCUCGCCAAGGUGAUGGCCCGGGUUGACUGGGGCACAAUGUUGCUUCUCGCGUCUCUGUUUGUCCUCACCGCGGUCGUUGACGAACUGGGCCUCAUCCACUGGCUGGGCUAUAUGGUGGUGUCCAUGAUCGUCCGAGUGGAAGAGUCAUACCAGACCAUGGUUGGCAUGCUCCUGAUCCUCUGGGUCUCGUCCCUGCUCUCCGCCUUCAUCCACAAUGCGGCGGUGGCCCCCAUCAUGGUGAAACUCUGCACCGACUUGGUCGUCCAUGAUGAGGUGCAGAUACGCCUGCUGCCGCUCAUCUGGGCCACGAGCAUGGGUACCAGCUACGGAGCCAAUGGCACCCUCCUGGGCUCCUUGGCCAACGAGUUCGUCGUGGUGGUGGGCAAGGCUCAUGGCUACAAGAUCACUUUCAGGGGAUUCUUUGUGGUGGGAUUCCGCAUUAUGCUCUUCACCGUUGUCGUCUGCUCGAUUUUCCUAAUUAUUGCCCACUCCAUCUUUGCCUGGCAUUAGAUUACUUUCUGAACUUUAAUUUUCAACUUUUGGUCAUUCAAAUGCCCACCUUUGUGUAUAAUUAAAACUUUCUAUUAUACAAAAGA